GAAGUUUCUGCGAACAGUGGAGUGUCGGUCUCUCUAUCAGAGCCUCGAGAAGUUUCUGCGAGCAGUGGAGUGUCGGUCUCUCUAUCAGUGCCCCAAGAAGUUCCUCACAGAAUUGUCGUGUUAGUGACGUCAAAAUGGGGGACAUUUUAGGAAAUGUACUCCAAACACUACUUCCGGGAGACCACAUCAUUAUAGAUGACCUUAUAUUCAGAUUGCACUACCAGACGACGACAUGCAUACUAAUAGCAUGCCUUGCAAUCAUCAUUGGCACAAGGUCCCUGGACGAUGUAUUUGCAUGCUUUAAAGAAGACAACACCCGUAUCAGAAGCAUUGAACCGGUUUGUUACGCCCAGAACACGUUCACAGCUAUGAAAAAUAUGUCACAUGUCAUGAUGGACAUAAAGACCCCUGUGACCGUGCAUUCUCAUCACGAUUGGGUAUUGGUAUUGCUUUCUAUCCAAGUGUUUAUCUUCAUUGCGCCCCGGUACAUCUGGAAAUUACUGGAAAGUGGAAGAAUGGAGUCUCUCGUCUCGUAUAUCAGAAGGCCAAACCUAUCAGAUACCGACAAGAAUUUGUGGAAACAGGAGAAAGUGAACUACUUCACUUCCGAGCGACAUCAGCCUCCUAGCCUCUACGUUUACGCAUAUAUAGUUUGUGAGAUUCUCAACUUGGUCAAUGAUCUACUUCAGAUAUCCCUCAUGGACCACUUCCUAGGUGCCGUGUUCUCGACUCACGGAUGGGACAUUCUCUCUCUCAUAUCGACACCGAGUGAAGAUCGUGUCGACGCCUUGGCUUUGGUAUUCCCGACACUUGGAUUGUGCACACUUCGUGACCUCGGCUCCUGGAUGUGCCAUCUUAGAUUCAACUAUAUGAGUGAGAACACGUUCGUCUUACUGUGGUUCUGGUACGCGUUCCUGGCCUACGUGUCCAUCAUCAACCUCACCCAACACGCUCCUGCCCUCUUGUCCAGGGAAAUCCGUGCUCAAUAUCUGCAGGAACUCAUGCUCGACGAUUCUCGUUCUGAAGAAGCAAGGGUCGUCGCCCACUCUUUCAACCUCAGUGAGUGGUUUAUGCUGUGCCGAAUAGGCGAGAACAUUGACACCAUUAUAUUUCAACAACUCGUUGUAGAUAUAGACAGACAGAUUCAUUCACUGUAAGUUUGUUCUAAUUAUAAAUGAUUUAUUAUUUCAUUUAUAAAUGCUUUUUAAUUUUUGAGUUUUUACCGUAUAAUUUGUGUAGGAUCACUAGGAUCUUCAAGCUUUCUUAUACAACAGUAUUAUUUUAUAAAACGAGCCAGUAUUCUUGUUUUUUAAUAUAUCUAAUUGAAAUAAUAUUUGCCAUUUUAAUGGGUUUUUAAAUGUAAAUAUUUAUGUUUUAACGUAGAAUUACUACGCCGUGUUCAGGUUUUUACAUUAGUAACAUUAAUUUUAAUGAUGAUUUAACUACGUAUAUUAUACCUUAUGUGUGUGUAUGUGUGUGCACACACACGCACACAUUGUUACAAGUUUUUAAUUAUCUGACAACUCUUUUCUUAUAAUUUGUAGGCGAUCGGAUUAUCUGAUCAGGCCUUUUGCCUUGGAGGUCCUAAAUUUUACCGUUUUGUUCUAAUAUUUUUAAUAUAGUUUAUUUUUAUUUCGAAGCAUUUAAUAUGACAUGUAUGGUGUCUGUGUAAGAAUGUGAGUAUUGUUUUCUUUGUAAAUAAUGUUGAUUUAUAGUUUCACCUAUUAAAUUACUAAAACGUUCAGUCAUGGCAAGUUAUCAUUUUUGUUUCAUUUCUUGAUUUUUAAAUUAUUUAUUAUUAUCUUAAACGUUUAUGACAGUUUUGUAAUUUUGGGCAAUUUUGUAUUAAUGUUUUACAUCGUAAUAUACAGGGUGGCCCAUAAGUCAGUUGUCACUUGCAAUUUUUUAAGACGAUGUUUGUAUAGAAUAACGUGGAAGCCAUUUUGAGCACCUAUUGUAGGUUAGAUACUCUUUAAAUUAAUAAUUAAAAAUAAAUAAUAAUAAUUACAUUAAUAAUACAAUACUUUGUACAAAUAAAGUAUUUGUACUUUUCUGGUAACUUUGUAUUUUCAUUUCUGACAACUGACUUAUGGGCCACCCUGUAUUGUUAAGUAUAAUUACUAAAAAGUUAUCAAUUCACAUAUCUGAUAAUUUCAGGGAAUAAACAACAUUCAUUACAAGUUUAAACUAUAUACAGUCUAAGUUUGAUAAAUAAAUGUAUUUUAGUUUGGGAAUGUAAUAAUGUUUGUGUAAUUUUAUGCUUUAGUAAGUUUUGUAUACUAAACAAUUACUGAUUUACGUUUAUUAUUCUAGACUUUUGAGUUUCUAUGAAUACCUUAGCAUAUUUAAUAUACCUAUAUUAAAUAUGAAGUAAAUAAGCAAAGAUUCUCUUGGGCAAUGAUAACCUUACUGUUGUCUUCCCCUCCCAAAAAAUCACAAUAUUAUUCUGUGACAGAAAAUUGUUAAGCCUUUUACCAAAUGCAGCAUCCAUGUUCAAGUGAAUCCAGAAGGCUUUCAUGAACAAUAAAGAGACUUGAUGGUAUACUAAUAUGAAGAAAAAUGUUAUUGUAUUUUUAACUUUAAGAAGAAUUCUAUGACGUUUAUACGUUGUGUUCCUAAAAAUAAAGAUUUUUUCAUUGUUAU